AUGACAUCCGCCAAGGAAGGGAAGGCAGUUCCCCCGCUGCCGCAGCCCGGCGCAGCAGAAGAGAGGCGCCGGAGCCCGCUGGACCAGCUGCCGCCGCCCGGCAACUCCAACAAGCCGCUUACCCCCUUCAGCAUCGAAGACAUCCUGAGCCGACCUUCCGGGCGUAGAGCCCCUGCCGCCCGCCCGCUGGACAAGGUCGCCGGCUCUGCUGGACCCCCCCGGAGCGGCGUGCCCGCCCCCGACUCCCCGCUCUGCGCCCUGGAGGAGCUGGCGAGCAAGACGUUCAAGGGGCUGGAGCUGAAUGUGCUUCAGGCAGCCGAAGGCCGGGACCAGCUGGGCGCCUUCGGGCCGCGCCCCCCGUCCAAAAAGCGGCGCAAGUCGCGCACGGCCUUCACCAACCACCAGAUCUACGAGCUGGAGAAGCGCUUCCUCUAUCAGAAGUACCUGUCUCCCGCGGACCGAGACCACAUCGCGGCGCAGCUGGGACUGAGCAACGCNNAGGUGAUCACCUGGUUCCAGAACCGCCGCGCCAAGCUGAAGCGGGACCUGGAGGAGAUGAAGGCCGACGUGGAGUCGCUCAAGAAGUUGCCCCCCGCCGCCCUGGAGAAGCUGGCCAGCAUGCCCGAGCUGGAGCCCCCGGGCGUGUCCGCACCCGCCCGAGCCCGCGGGGGCAACCUCUCCCUCACGUCGCCCCCGCCUUCACCCAGCGCCUCACGUCAUACCACGGACGCUUUCUCCGACGGCGAGGAAGAGGAGGAGGAGGAGGAGGAGGAGGAG